UCGACUUAGAGCGAGCGCACACUAGGGCUUCAUUUUAGAAGUCUUCGCUGGACCUUUUAAAGAAAAAAGUUAACAGCACAGCCGUGUUUUCGACCGCGCAAUCUCGAUCGACAACCACUUCGUGCAGGCGGAGCCCCGUCCACUUCGAGGUAAGAAGUUGAGGAGGGCAGCUUUAUUGGAAGGUACCAAAGUCACUCUUUAAAGCCUAGUUUGGAGGAAAAAAAUUGAUGGGCAGAGACAGAAGGUCUAUCCUCGUGAGCCGCUUGUUUUGAUAUUGAUCAUUCGGACUCGGACCUGUUCUAAAAAUUUCAAGCUUCAGUUAACCAACAAGAGCAGCACAGCCCCUCUUUUUGAGCUUUUCUCCGGCGGAGUAACCGAGGACCAUCCGCCUCACUCUUCGUCCAUUGCUUUCUCUUGGAACUAUUCUGGAAUUUGUUUGUGGAAAGCUGAAAUGAUGUGGAUAAUGAGAUCGAUUCGGCGGCCUCUCGGCUAUCUUCAGGCGGCCAGCUUCUCCUCGUCUGCGGCGGCGCUGGAGGCGGAGAGGUGCAUAACGCAGGGGUCGAGAAAUGACUGGAGGAAGGACGAGAUUAAGUCCAUCUAUGAAUCGCCCAUUCUUGAUCUCCUGUUUCAUGCCGCUCAAGUUCAUAGACACGCUCACAAUUUCAGGGAAGUACAACAGUGUACGCUUCUAUCUAUUAAGACUGGUGGAUGCAGUGAGGAUUGUUCUUACUGUCCUCAGUCGUCCAGGUACAACACUGGCCUGAAAGCACAGAAACUUAUGGACAAAGAUGGGGUUCUUGAGGCUGCAAAAAAGGCCAAAGAGGCUGGUAGCACCAGAUUUUGUAUGGGUGCUGCAUGGAGAGAUACGGUGGGAAGGAAGACCAAUUUCAAACAAAUCCUAGAGUAUGUGCAAGAAAUAAGGGGUAUGGGGAUGGAAGUCUGCUGCACCUUGGGAAUGCUGGAAAAGCAGCAAGCUUUAGAGCUCAAAGAGGCGGGACUUACAGCCUAUAACCAUAAUCUGGACACCUCACGAGAGUACUAUCCCAACAUUAUAUCUACAAGAAGCUAUGAUGAGCGUCUACAAACCCUUGAAUAUGUUCGCGGAGCGGGCAUCAAUGUCUGCUCAGGAGGAAUAAUUGGGCUUGGAGAAGCCGAGGAGGACAGAGUUGGUUUAUUGCAUACGUUGGCAACUCUCCCUGCACACCCGGAGAGUGUCCCUAUUAAUGCCCUCAUUGCAGUUAAAGGCACACCCCUUGAAGAUCAGAAGCCGGUUGAGAUAUGGGAGAUGAUCAGGAUGAUAGCAACGGCGCGUAUUGUGAUGCCAAAGGCAAUGGUGAGGCUUUCUGCCGGAAGAGUGCGGUUCUCCAUGCCCGAGCAGGCACUCUGUUUCCUUGCUGGGGCAAAUUCAAUCUUCACUGGAGAUAAGUUGCUGACAACUCCAAACAACGACUAUGAUGCAGACCAGACGAUGUUCAAGCUUCUUGGACUGAUCCCGAAAGCUCCCGACUUCUCAGAAAGGCCUCAUGCCAAGGAAUUCGAGCUGCAAGAUGCUACAGUGGCAGCUGCAAGUUCUGGAUGAAAUGAAAUCACAAUCAUCCUCUCCUAAAUUUCGAAAACUGGUUUGGUUUCUCGACUCUGUUAUAAACAGCUGCAGUAUUUAUUUUUAUGAUGUAUUAGUAUUUAACUAUGAGCUUAAUGGUGUAGCAGCUGUUGUGGUAGCUGCUUGGAGACAUUUCUGUAUAAUCAAAUUCCUAAAUAAUAUAAAUUUGGAUUAAAACUGUUAAAGAA